CAGACACUUGGCAGGAAGCAGCAUAGAGAAGCUCAGUACUGCAUAUGCUGAUAUGAAAGAAAAACUAUUUGAGUCUGUUUGUAACACUUUUGUCCUCUCCUCCCAUUUUACUCCACCCCUAAAAUGAGUGGGGGACAGUAAGAAAACUAGUAAAGCUUUACUACUGCUGCUAUGCUCAAGUCUUGUCAGGACCUGUAUUGCCGGAGAGGAGGGAAUGCAAGGUGUUGUGAAUGCAGUUCUGUUCUUUCUGGCUGGUACUAUGAAAGAGAUGGGCAGUUCUUCUGUAAGAAAGAUUACGGGUCACGAUUUGGGGAGCAAUGCCAUGGCUGUUCAGAGUCUAUCACCACUGGUCUCAUUAUGGUGGCUGGGAAGCAUAAAUAUCACCCUGAGUGUUUUCUCUGUGAAAGCUGUGGCAUGUUUAUUGGAGAUGGGGAUUCUUUCAUUCUAGUGGAUUAUACCAAUUUAUACUGCGAACAAUGUGGACACCAGAAGGUGUCAACACAACACUCGGCAGCAAAAUGUUCACGGCUUCCUCAUACAUUGACAUCGAUGUCAUUUCCUCCUUCUGCAGAAAGCAGGCGAGGUUUAUCCUUCACAGUGGAGGAGAAGGACGCAGGCCCUUUGAUCGUCGUAUCUCAACUGGACAUGCACAGCCUGAGCCCUGAAGUUAAGCCUUUGAUCCAUGUUGGAGACAAGAUUCUUGAGAUCAAUGGAAUUUCUGUCCAGAACAUUCCACUCAGUGAGAUAGAUCUGGUGAUUCAUGAUACAGAGCACUGGUUACAAAUCACAACUGAACAUGAUCCUAAGGAACACACAAAACAAGAAGACUUGUCUGGCCUACUGGGAGAAGAGCUGGACCAGCCUGGAAAACUGGGAAUCUUUUCCCUUGCCAGCAACAGACGAAUAAGCCCACGAUCCAAAAAUAUUCUGCGCAGCUGUAGUAUUGAUAAAGCCCCAUGCUCGCAACGACACGCUGCACUUCUUUCCCAUAGAAGAGACAUCAAUCGAUCAGAGUCUUUGCGUUUUGACCCUACUGAUAAAACACAACGAAUUUUCAGACCCUCUGACCUAAUAUACGGGGAAAUUUUGGGAAAAGGUUGUUUUGGACAAGCCAUAAAGGUGACACAUUUGGAAACUGGUGAGGUCAUGGUGAUUAAGGAACUUCUACAAUUUGAUGAAGACACCCAGAAGACAUUCCUGAAAGAGGUUAAAGUAAUGAGAUGCCUAGAACAUCCUAAUGUCUUAAAGUUUAUCGGCAUCCUCUACAAAGACAAAAGGCUCAACCUGAUCUCCGAGUAUGUGCAAGGAGGAACUCUGAGAGACACCAUCCAGAAAAUGGACAGGGAUCACCCUUGGAAACUUAGAGUGAGCUACACCAAGGACAUUGCCGCUGGAAUGGCUUACCUACAUUCGAUGAAUGUCAUUCACCGGGAUCUAAACUCGCACAACUGCUUUGUCCGAGAGAACCAAACAGUGGUAGUUGCUGACUUUGGUUUGGCUCAGCUUGUAAAGGAAGAAAAGAGCUCCUCUCCUGGACAGAUGUCUAAACUGAACAAGCUUGGUCGUAAAAAACGAUAUACGGUGGUGGGCAACCCCUACUGGAUGGCACCAGAAAUGAUCCAAGGAAAAGUCUAUGAUGAACAUGUUGACAUUUUCUCAUUCGGGAUUAUUAUUUGUGAGAUUAUCGGAAGAGUAUAUGCCGAUCCGGAUUACCUGCCUCGCACACAGGAGUUUGGACUGAAUGUGAACGAAUUCUUGGAGCGCUAUUGGUCCGAAGAUUGCCUUGAGUCUUUCUUUCCCAUCGCGGUUCAGUGUUGUGCCUUGGAGGCUGAAAAACGUCCCAGUUUUGCUAAAUUAGAGGAGUGGCUGGAGAACCUAAAGAUGCACAUGGAGAUUAGACUUCCUCUGAUGUCAGAACUGGACAAAAUCUGCCAAGAGUUUUGGGAGAAACACAGACAGUCAAAAAAAACGUAUGGGAUUCCUUCAAAACAGAUGGAGAACUCAGCCUUAGGCAGAAGCUGAAACUCCAUUUGAUUUGUGGGCGGUUGCGUGGAAUGUUUAGACUAGUCUUACAAGUUAGUCUUUUUAAAGCCUGUUACAUUAAAACAUAGAUUUUCUCAUUUGAAUCAGGAAAAUAAGACUCAUUACUUUUGCUAACUGCUAGCUGGUCAGGCUAGUUCUUAAGACAUAAUCUUAACACAGGUUAUGCAACUGGCCCUAAAUCUCAUACUGUUACAGUGACUCCACUUAAAAAUGUAUGAAUGUAGUUAAAUAGUUUUCUGAGCCAUUUUUGCAUUUUUUUUUUUAGAAAAGAUCAAUUGUUUAAUUAAUUAUAAUGUAUGUAAAUGUAUGUAAAUGCAAAAUUAACAAAAUUGUAUGUAAAAUGUAUGUAAUGCAUUUUGUAAAUUUUUUAAGUGUCCGAAUAUAUUUUGGGGUCACAUAUUUUACAAGGUUUCAGUUGUACAAUCUGCUGCAAUCACUUUGUACUGGUCUCAGACACAAAGGUGCUAAUACCCUGGUGAAAAAAACAGCAUAUGCUGGUAGGUAUGUUUUGAUGCUGGGAUGCUGGUUAGGUAGGUUUUGAUGCUGGUUUAAGCUGGUCCUUUGCUGGUUUAUGCUGGUCCUUAGCUGGUGAGUAAAAUAAGUGAGUGUUUACUGUUACCAUUGUUGAUGUACUGUUUCCUAUUUAAUACUGUACAGCCGCCUUGUCACAAUUCUGUAUUAUUAAAGGCGCUAUAUAAAUAAAGGUGACUUGACUUGACUGGUUUAAGCUGGUCCUUUGCUGGUUUUUGCUGGUCAAGGACCAGCAUGAACCAGCAAAGGACCAGCUUAAACCAGCACCAAAACAUACCUACAAGCAUAUGCUGUUUUUUUCACCAGGGUAGAUUGUUCUAAAGAAUAGUAUUAUAAAUGUAAGCUGAAAAAAAAAAAAAAAAAGCUUUAUAAAAUGUAUGUUUAAUAUUUUAUUAUUAUAAUGUUAUUUGUUUUAAUUAUUUUUGUUUAUGUCUCUAUGUACGCUUGUAGACUUUUUUAUUAGUAUUAUUGUUAUUAUUUUACAUGUAUGUAUGCUUUGUGUUUCACGUGUCGGAUACUGUGAAAUUCGAAUAAAUGUUUUGUUUUCAUUUGAUUUCA